AUGGGGGCCCUGGUACGUGCCCCGGCCCGCGGGAAGCAAUGUUUCGCGUACACAAAUAAUUGGGAAAUGGAUGCCUUGAUUGAUGAGAACCCAAAUUGGGAACUGGAGCAGGUUCGGGAAACAACGAAACAGGUACAAACAAAAUUGUUGAAUGGAUGGAUUGAAGAGGAGCUACGGCGCAAUACCAGAGAAAUGUUGAGAAAACGUGAGAUUACAGCAUCAGAAAAACAAGACCAAAUACUUCAGUUACAGAAUUGUUUGAAGAAGUUGAAGGAGGAUGCUGCUACAAACAAAAAUGAAAUUCAUGAACGUGAGAAGGAGCUGGAUGAGAUGAUAGAGGGAGUCAGACGUGUGAAACUUCAGGUGGAUGACUUCCUGAGGGAGAAGGAGACUAUGCAGGAGACAGUAGACACCUUGAAGAAGCGGUUGGAGAGGGAGAGAGAAUACCUAUCAUUGCAAGAAAAUGCCACCCAGUCGAAGUUAGUGGAGUUGAGAAAAGGUUUAGAUUGGUUCCAACAACGGAUGGGUCUGGAGUUCAGAAAAACUCAAGAUAAGAAGUUUCAGCUAAUCUUCACAUGUGUAGACCGGGACGACCCAAAACGCCCUUUCUACUUCUCUGUGAAGAUUGAAGAGACCGGCGCAUAUGAAGUUUCAGAUUGUAACCCGCCAAUCAAAGACCUAGAGGCCUUAGUAGAAAAGCUAAACCAGACAAAUGAUUUCCGAAGUUUCAUGAUAACCAUGAGGUCAAGGUUCAAGCAGUUAACAUGAGCCAGGUGGAGUUUGUGCUUAGAGUCUUCAAAUGUCAACGGAAAUUGUUUUCUUCUUAUGACGAACACAAUGACUUAGUGUAGAUAUCCAUGGUCUCAACUCUGUGGUUCUGAAGUUUGUGUAAAUAGAUCUAUGCAUGUACAUUUAAUCCAUUUUAUUUGUGAGAAAUGAUGUGUGUGGGAUGUCAUGUAUCUAUCUCACCAAUGUUUUAUCACAUAUAUGUAUUAGACAUGUAUGUAAAAUUUUGUAAAUGUUGACAGGCUGUUAGAAUACGGACACACCUCCGGAAUUUGGGCGUAUUGGUUACCAUCCAAACAAUGGUGUCAUGAGACUCUGCUAAUCCCGUUUUCCUUUUGCAUAUGACACCAAAACCAUUAUUCUUGAUUUUCAUCACACUACACUGUCAGAUGAUCAAUCUUCAUUUUUGCUGGACCUAAAAUCCUCAUCCUUCGUUUUCAGUACAUUUCAAAUUUUCAUCCUUCGUUUUCAGUAGUCAUCAAAUCCUCAUCCUUCUUUUUCAGUAGUCAUCAAAUCCUCGUCUUUUUUUUUCAUUACACAUGAAAUCCUCAUCCUUCUUUUUCAUUACACAUCAAAUCCUCAUCCUUCGUUUUCAGUACACAUCAAAUCUUCAUCCUUCUUUUUCAGUAGUCAUCAAAUCCUCGUCUUUUUUUUUCAUUACACAUGAAAUCCUCAUCCUUCUUUUUCAUUACACAUCAAAUCCUCAUCUUUCGUUUUCAGUACACAUCAAAUCUUCAUCCUUCUUUUUCACUACACAUCAAAUCCUCAUCCUUCAUUUUCCUUACAAACCAAAUCCCCAUUGUUCAUUUUAGUUACACACCAAAUCCCCAUCGUUCAUUUUCCUUUCCUUCGUUUUAUACCCCAAAUCGUCAUUCUUCAUUUUCGUUACACAUUAUCGAAAAUGGUUUCUGUCUCGCUUUUCACACUCAACACUGAGAGCAACCAAACCUUUCUGGUUGGCCAGUGUAAGUGUAAAGCGAUGGUGUGGGGUGUCAUGUUUCGUGCCUAGGGCAUGAUACUUCAGUGGCGGCAGAGCUUUGACAGUAUAGGCUCGCCCAGCGACAGGGAGACACAGUAUGUUAUGUACCCGCCCCUCACUGUCAUACGACUGAAAGUGGGAAGUAAAACCUGAAACAUGCAAACACACAAUUACAUUACACAUCAAAUCAGUGUAUCCAUCAUGUUCAUUAAAUCCAACAUUUUAUUACAAAUUAUCAGAUAUUCAAUUUCAUCAUCCAUGGUCAGAGCAUAUCAAAUCCUUUAUUGUCAUCACGUCUUCCUAAUUCAUCAUCAUCACCCAUCAAAUCUUCAAUCAUUGUCAUCACAAAUCCUCAUCUAUUGUUAUGACGUGAUCCUCAUUCAUUGUCAUCACACAUCAAUUCAAAUCCUCACCCAUUCUCAUCAUACCUCAAAUCCUCAUUCAUUCUCAUCACACAUCGAUCCCUCAUUGUCAUCACACAUCAAACCUUUCAGUGUUGUCACACAUCAUAUUGUCAUUCAUUGUCACCACAUAUCAAUUCCUCAUUCAUUGUCACCACACAUCAAGUCCUCAUUCAUUGUCACCACACAUCAAAUCCUCAUUCAUUGCCAUCACACAUGAAACCUUCAGUGUUGUCACACAUCAUAUUGUCAUUCAUUGUCACCACACAUCAAAUCCUCAUUCAUUGCCAUCACACAUGAAACCUUCAGUGUUGUCACACGUCAUAUUGUCAUUCAUUGUCACCACACAUCAAAUCUUCAUUCAUUGUCCUCAGACAUCAAUCCCUCAUUGUCACCACACAUCAAAAUCCUGAUUUAUUGUCAGCAUAUUUCAAGUCCUCAU